GGGCAGAAGAACGUCUUAACCAUUAAGAAACUAGAGUUCCGAUUUCGAAGAAGAAGCCAGACAACUUUUUCUGGCCGUGUUCUCAGUUCAUUCACGCUGAGUCGAGUAUUGAUACGUGUUUACAUUCGUUGGGUGUGGAAACUACGUGUUAGAACGUUGGAGACGGGUCCGUCGACUGGCGGCGAUCGUCUGCUGCCUGACGUGGUUUUUCAACGUUGGCACGACAGACGGCCGCAGCAUCACCAGCCUCGAGGCACCGAGCGGCUGCGAGUGGAAAAAGGAGGACGGAGAGGAGGGUGAAAAAGCGCUGGCCUGCAGGGUUAGGACUAUCGCCAACGUGCCCAGCCUAAUUGGCAAUCUCUCGGCCAUUCAAGUGGACUCGAUCAGCUCAUUGGCCUUGGAAUGCAGCGACGUGCUGUUCUUCGAGAGCCAGAUCGACGGGCCGCACGGUUUCUUCUCGCCGCUGCCACGUUUGGAGAAGCUUCGCCUGGAUUACUGCAAGAUACGCUAUCUGCCGGGCGGUGUUUUCGCCUCCGCGCGCAACUUGCGCACUUUGUCCGUGAGAACGCACAACGGCGACUGGUCGGCGAUGACCCUCGAGCUUCACCGCGACUCUCUCCGCGGUCUCACGCAUCUCCAGCGUUUGGACCUGGCCGACAACAAUCUGUGGACGCUUCCGGCCGAGCUGCUCUGCCCGGUGCAGAGCCUGGUCACGCUGAACCUCACGCGCAACAAGUUACAGGACAUCGUUUCCCUCGGCUUCUCCGACUUGGUCGAGUCGUGCACGCCGAGCCUCGAGGUGCUCGAUCUCAGCAACAACGAUCUAAACACCCUGCACGAUCGAGCGCUGAACAAUCUGCGUAGCCUAACGGUGCUGAAGCUGCAGGAGAACGUGAUCACCGCGGUGGGCGAUCACGCUCUGGCCGGGCUGACCGCGCUACACUCGCUCAACAUGUCCAGCAACCGGCUGGUCGCCUUGCCACCGGAGCUGUUCUGGCGAACGAAGGAACUCAGGGAGCUGAUACUCAGCAACAACUCGCUGGCGGUGUUGGCGCCCGGCCUCUUGGACAGUCUGGUCGAGCUGCAGAUACUGGAUUUGAGCAGCAACGAACUGACGAACCGCUGGGUGAACAGGGACACGUUCUCCCGGCUCAUGCGGCUCGUCAUUCUCGACUUGUCGUUCAACGCGCUCGCGAGGAUCGACGCCCAUGUGUUCAAGGAACUGUACAGCCUUCAGAUACUGAAGCUCGAGCACAACGAGAUCGAAACGCUGGUCGACGGGUGUUUCGGCUCGCUGACCAAUCUCCACUCGUUGACAUUAUCGCACAAUCGCAUAGCGAGAUUCGACCCGGCGCACACCGUCGGCCUCACCACCCUCGAUCAGCUUUUCCUCGACACGAACCGGCUGCGAACGCUUCAUCGCCACGUGUUCGACAAUCUGACCGGGCUGCAGGACCUCUCGCUACGGGGCAAUUACCUGACGGAGAUCCCGCACGCGGUUCGCGUGCUCCGUUCGCUGAAGACGCUCGACCUUGGGAAGAACCACGUGUCCAGGAUCGAGAACGACUCGUUCGACGGUCUGAGCGAGCUGUACGGGCUGCGGCUGGUGGACAACAAGCUGGAGAACGUGUCGCGCGAGGCUUUCGCCGCGUUGCCCGCGCUCCAAGUGUUGAACCUGGCGAACAAUUACAUCCGUCACGUGGAGCAGAGCGCGUUCUCGAGCAAUCCGGUGUUACGCGCCAUCCGGCUGGACGGGAAUCAGCUAACGGAGAUCCGCGGCGCGUUCACCAGCCUGACGACCCUCGUCUGGCUGAACGUGUCGGACAAUAAGCUGCUGUGGUUCGACUACAGUCAUCUGCCGGGCAGCAUAGAAUGGCUGGACGUGCACGCGAAUCAGAUAAGCGAGCUGGGGAAUUAUUACACGGUGAAGAACACGCUGCGUAUAAAGAUGCUGGACGCGAGCUACAACCAAAUCGUCGAGAUCGCCGACGCGAACGUGCCCGACAGCGUGGAGACGUUGUUCCUCAACAACAACAGGAUACGCGCGAUCGCGCCGGGAACGUUCCUGCAGAAGAGGAGCCUGCAGAAGGUCAUGCUGUACGAGAACGAGAUACGAAGUUUGGACGUGGCGGCGAUAGGGUUGCAGAAGGUGCCGGAUGACGAGGAACUGCCGCAGUUCUACAUCGGGAACAAUCCCCUCCUGUGCAACUGCACCAUGGAAUGGUUGCCGAGGAUCAACGAGAUGGCACGCCUUCGACAGCAUCCCCGAGUGAUGGAUCUGGACUCGGUCACGUGCGAGAUGGUGCACGCGCGCGCCACGCCGCGACGACCGCUGCUGUCGCUGAAACCGAAAGACUUCCUCUGCCAGUACGCGGCGCACUGUUUCGCCCUGUGCCAUUGCUGCGACUUCGACGCGUGCGACUGCGAGAUGACCUGCCCGGACAAUUGCUCGUGCUAUCACGACCACAGCUGGUCGAGCAACGUGGUGGACUGCUCGAACGCCGGCUACAAGCACGUCCCCGAGAGGAUCCCCAUGGACGCGACCGAGAUCUAUCUGGAUGGGAACGAGCUCGGCGACCUCGGCAGCCACGUGUUCAUCGGGAAACGCAGGCUGGAGGUGUUGUUCCUCAACAACAGCGGCAUCUCGGCCAUUCACAAUUUCACGUUCAACGGUGUCGGCGCGUUGCGCGUCCUUCACCUCGAGGACAAUGCGCUGCGCGAGCUACGCGGCUUCGAGUUCGAUCAGCUGGAACGCAUGUCCGAGCUGUAUCUGGAUCACAACGCGAUCGCGACCGUCGGCAACACGACGUUCAAGAAGAUGAAGAACCUCGAGGUGCUGAGGCUGGACAGCAAUCGGAUCGUGAACUUCAGGCCGUGGGAAGCGUUGCCGAGCGUGGGUGAUAGCACGCGAGUGGUCGCGCUGGAGGGUAACGCGUGGAGCUGCGAGUGCGGCAACGCCGCUAAAUUGCGCGGCUGGCUGGCCGAGCAUCGCGGCGACCCGGAGAAGAUGUACUGCCGCGACGGCGUCGAGACUCUGGCGCAGGCCAUGAAGCGUUGCGGCGAUCCGUCUACCGAGGCCGUCAGCCGUUCAGGCAUCCAAGAGAUCCCGCUGCUGGGUGGCAACUUCGUGCCGCUUUUAGCCGGCGCGUUGGUCGCCGUCAUCGCUAUUUGCCUGUUCGUCGCGCUCGCGUUCGCAUUCCGGCAGGACGUGCGCCUGUGGGCGCACGCACGUUACGGCCUUCGGCUCGGGAAAAUGACGACAACGCCGCCGGACGAGGAGAGGGACCGUCUCUACGACGGUUACAUAGUCUACAGCGAGAGGGACGAGGACUUUGUCUCGAGAUUCCUGGCCGCCGAGUUGGAGCAGUCCGGGCUGGCGCUUUGUCUACACUGGCGAGACUUGCCGCCGGCCAGGCCGCAGGAGGCCGUGCCACCGGCAGCCGCCGCCGCCCGCCGCAUCGUCAUCAUCUUCUCGCCGGUGUUCCUGGCCAACGAGUGGCAGCACGCGGAGUUCCGCGCCGCGUUGAGGACCGCGCUCGAGAACAUCAGACCCGGCGCGUCGAGGAAACGGCGCGUGGUGGUUCUUCUGGCCACCGAGGCGCCCGCCCUCGAUCCCGAGCUCCAGCUGUUGCUGCAGACCUGCACGGUGGUCGUCUGGGGCGAGAAGAGGUUCUGGGAGAAGUUGCGGUUCGCGAUGCCCGACUCCGUGGGCAAGAGGCGCGACAGCAAGAAGGUGAACGACCGAAAUCGCAAGCCGGCGCGUUACACCGCCGCGCCGUCCGCCGGCGACGUGUGGACCAAGCCCAAUGGCGUUUUGGUCGCGCCGGUGCACGCACCCACGCCCACGCCCACGCAGUCCACCUAUGUCAGCUCGGCGUCCAGCAGAACGGAGGACGAGGACAGCGGCGCGGAACACCAGCACCAGCACCAGCACCAGCAUCAGCAUCACAACCAGCACCAGCAUCAACAUCAACAUCCAGGCGGUUACAGCGCGUUGCACGCCGGGAACGCGCGGCCGGCCAGCCUCUCCUCCAGGGGCAGCCAUCUUUACAGCACGAUACCGGAACCACCGGUGCCCACCGCACCUCCUGGUGAGGUCUUGACGCAUCCAGCCAAUCCUCGUACUUACUUCGUC